AUGAAUUCCAAAGUUUACAACGCUCUCUGCGCAGCCUUCGCGCUCGCCUAUCUACUUGCCCCAGCUCUCCUGUUCAUCCCUGUGAUGUUAUGGGAGGCUUCUCCUAUGCCCUCUGCAUUCUGCAUGGCCAAAUCUGCUAAGAGAAGACGCCCCUCCAUGGCUGGAGUGGGUGCAACCCCAUUUGUUGCUGUAAGACCAGACGGCGAAGAUCAAAUCGAAGCUCACAAAAAUGUGAUGCCUCAGACAAUCCUUGGCAUGCUGUCAAACUGGGUAGGCUCUUUGUGGUCUACUGGUUCGCAAACAACGGGAGAACCCUCAGGUAGCUUGUUGAGUAAGCGCCACGGAGGUAUCCCAGGGCAUAUGUCCGUCAAUGAUUCCUCUUCGGAGGCGGAAGACGUUGUUUGUGUAGGAAAGUCGAGCGUGUUCUUUGGAGCAGGGCUUCGGGGAUAUGUCCCUCACCUCCUUCCUUUGCAUAAGUUGGGACGUGGCAUCGCUACAAUGGUGUUCCCAGUUAACGGCGUGGCUGGUACCUGUGGGGAAACCCAUGCAGACCUCGACGAGGGUGUGUCGAGUGAGCUUGUAGACGAAUGCGAUGAAGCUGAGGUCAGCGUACGACUCAGAUUCAUCUGUGACAGAUUUUUCUCAGAGGGUUUUGCAAAGCCAAGACUCUCUGCUAGAUUUCUUGACGCGAUGUUGGAAGAGGAGCUCAACGACUCUGCCAACAAAGCUCAUCGCGACUCAUUGACUGAAGUCGCUGAACCAAAGUGCGGCUUGGUUCCCAAGUCAGCUGAAGAGACUCCUGUCCAAAGACAAGAGUCCAUUCAGACCCCAUCGGGUUUGGAUAAUGCUGGCUUCGUGGUUCCAAAGCCAAAGUUUAGGACAGUGGAGGGUCUAAAUGAGGCGUUCGCGCUAUCGUCUUGGCAAUCAGCCAAUGGAUUUUUUGGUGAAUGUCUCUCCACAGGACUUCCCACACCGAUGGAGAUUGACGACGACCUGGCUUGGAGUGAAGCCGAGGAAGUUGAAGAUCCCAUGGAGAUUGAUGAUGUUGCUGAGGUGAUGGUGCUUGAUGCUGAUUGUGGCGAAAAGCUCAUGGCCCACACCUACAAUCCAACGGUUACCGAUUUGCAGUACGUCUCCCAGUCUGCAAACAUGGAUUGUGAUACGAACGAUCUCCCAGCCUGCGUACCGCAGCAGGCUGCAGACGACAAGAUGGAAGACGACACAGAAAAAAUAGUGCUACCGGAACCAUCCUCUCUGAAGAAGUACGAUGCGCCCAAGCCUAGACAAAAAGUAGGUGCCGACGAGGUUAAGGGUAGCAAAGAGCCUUCAAUGGCGGUCCCCCGACCAAAAGAGAAGAGCUCAAAGCUUCCUCGACCUGCCAGUCAAAAGGCCAUUGAGGAAGCAAAGACCGCAAUCGAAGGGCCAGAAAGCAAGAUGGCUUCGGCCUCUUGUGAUCUCCCUUCACAGCUUCCCAAGCCACUUUUUGGCCUUCGCACCGAGCGGGCAAAGCUUGUGUCAAGCCUUGCUUCCGAGGUGCCUGAACCUGUCACAACAGCCAGUUGUGACAAGGGAAAGGCCCCAAAGAAAAAGGCCAAGACACAGGGGUCAACUGCUACCCCAGCUGCCCAGGUCUCUGUUCCUGUUGCUGCACCCAGCAGCAAAAAGGAGGAGAGUAUCAAGGAAUUCAAGUCGGAUCUUCCUUCUGCAUCUCGCGGCAAGAAAGUGAAGACUUCCGGCGGUGAUGAGAAGGCCGAUCUAAUUAUCGAACCCAUCGGUAAAGAGAUCGGAGAACCUCAGAUCCAGCCAUUCCCAGCUCGCAAUCCUGCGUCAAAGCCGGCAAAGUCUUCGAGUAAUAGAGGAAAAGAGGAUCCAAAGAGCCUAUUGAAGUAUGUGCUCCGAUUCAAAGGCGAUCCAGCUGUCAACAAGGAAGGUGUAGUGAAAGAAUCUGCGAAGCUGAUGAUUCCGAAAACUUGGACAAAUUUUUGUUGCCCUGUACGCUUCACCAAGCGGACAUCUUGUCUAUCGGUUGGCCCUGGAGCCAAGCCGACGCGGUCGGAACGAAAGGUUGAUCCUGAAACUUCUGGUAAGCUUUAUGGUGAUACUGGAAUUCCCGGACCUUUCACAGUACUUUUCUUUGGGAUUAUCUGCGUGGUGAUUCGCGUUGGGUCUCUUGGACUGGAUUAUCGUUUCCCUCUGGGAUUGACACCAUGCUCCGCCUGUUAG